GCCGUUCGUCAUCGCCCGCGAAGGUUCUAGCAAAAAACACGCCUGUGCAAGUCUUCCUUGCACACAAAGUCCCAUUCAUUGGCGAUAGAACCAACAGAACGCUCGCCAAUUAGAAUGGGGAUUGUUGGGGCCGGUGGUUUUUGUGGCAGACGACGCUUUUGCGAAAGGAGUUAGCAGACGAGACGAGAAACAGCGAAAGAAGCAGACGACCAAUGACCAGUUUGAGGUACCAGAGGCGGAGGCCCAGUGGAGGUGGUGCAGUUGCCAUGGUAAUGCAGAAGGGUCUGACAGCCGACGAGGCUGUGACGCUUGUUCAGCAGUACCUCCGCAAGGAACAGCAGCACUGGCGCCCCUGCAAGUACUCUGCACAGGGAGACGAGAUCCUCUCCGCGCAGAGGAAUCAAGCCGUGAAGUGGUUAACCGUCAUGAACCGCUGCUUGAAGUUCAAUCCUGAGACCCUCUUCCUGGCAGUCACCCUUCUUGACGACUUUCUGCGCUUAGUUAGAGCACGUCCCAAGUACCUGAAGUGCAUCGCCAUUUCGUGCUUCUACCUUGCGUCGAAGAUUGUUGAGGAAGAUGACAUGGUUCCUCACAUAAAAGAUCUGAUCACCGACAGCAACUGCAACUUCAGCGUGUCUGAGAUUAUGCGCAUGGAAGCCAUCAUUCUCAAGAAACUCAACUGGAACUUGUGCCGAACCACAGCACUCGACUUCCUCCACGGCUUUCACGCGCUGCUGGUGCUGAACCGCUCCCUGUUGCUGCCCGACCAGUCGGCAGCACAGCUGGAAGCGCUGGGACCACUGAUGGAGACCAAGCUGCACAUCUGCCUGUGCCAACCGGAGCUUCUGACCAGUCGACCCUCUGUCGUUGCCCUUGCUUUGGUCAGCUUGGAGCUGGAGACGUGGACGCGCAACUGGUUUGUCAUCACGGUUGCUCUUCAGCGGCUGGCACAGGUAGAGAACGCGGACGUCAUUCGUUGCCGCGAAGACCUGGCAAGGACGUUCACCGUUCUACGACCGGUGGCGUCGAGGAAGCACCGCCAUUCCGAGUCCAAUCACACUCCCAAGCCGUCGAAACGGAAGAUGGAGAACAUGGACAUCGAGGAAAUCUACGACAGCAUCAAGAAGCUGUACGGAGAUGAAGGAGCGGGAUGCAGCGGAAUGCACCUUGAGUCAGACUUUCCCAUACGUGCAAUGUGAAAAAGAAAAAAAAAAGAAACCAGAAAAGAAAAGUGUGAAAGGGGCACACAUGAACCACCACACUCCAACUCACCCACAAAGAAGCAAGCUAGUCUUUUUAUUUGCGAGAGUAGAAAACAAUGUCUUAUCAUUUUACAGAGCAAAACUAAACUCUUUUUUUUUUCUUUUUUUUUUUUUUUUUACGGGAGCAACAACACACCGGGAUCUAAGCCGUAGUUCCUUGAUGUGAUGGAGGCUCGACUGUAAGGCAGGAUAUUUUGUAUCGUUUCUUUUUUACAUUGUUUAUAGUCCUUUUGUGCUCCUCUUCUGGUAAUAAUAGUAGUCAGGGAAACGUGGUUUGGGACGAAAGUUUUCUGGAGAACCUGGGGGGGGGGGGGUAUUUUGCGAAAAUUUGCUCUUAAAAAUUGUGGCACAUGUCAAGUUUAAUGAGGAUGCUAAAUGGGUUUUGCAUUGUUGACCUAACAGUUCAUUGCAGAAAUUCAACCGGAGACAUUUUUUUAAAAUAAUGCAAGGCGUAGAAACACCUAGGACAGAUAAGAUAUUUUUUUUGUUGCUUCUGUCUUUGUUAAUGUGUGCCUCAAAGCCCCUGCAAGGAGAGUCUUUUACGAAGAGAUAGUUCGCUCUCCCAAGAUUUUCGUGUCUGCAGGUGGUGCCUUCCUUAAUUUACGGAACCCACUUUUCACUUUCUGUUGACUUGAUUGGUGUGAUUUGUUAUCGGCAUUUGUGAAGUCUCUGCAAUCCACACAGCUUGAACUUGUGACUACACUACACUCUAAAAACAGAACUUCACCGCGUAGCACGCUGUGUGCUAACCAUUGCCAAGAAUGAUAUGGUUAUCGCAUCCGAUUCGAAGAGAGAUGGGGGCGUACGCCUUUUUUUGUGACAAUUUUCAUAUAUCCAAAUUGCCACAAAAAGGCGUACGCCCACCUCUCUUCGAAUCGGAAGCGAUAACCAUAUCAUUCUUGGCAAUGGUUAGCACACAGCGUGCUACGCAGUGAAGUUUGCGGUUUUUAGAGUGUAGAACGUAAAGUGCUUACAAGAGAGUUAUUUGAAAUUAUGAAAUUGAAAUUUUCCUGCGGGACAUGUUUAGUUCAGUAAUGCAGGGGACACCGGUGUAGCCAGUAAAGUAUUUCGGGAGGGGGUUUUAUGGGGACUUUGUAUGGGGGGAGGAGGAUUUUGCCCACGUUUCCCUCUCCCAAAUGCACUACCAAAUUUUCAGGGGUUUAAUCCCCCCUCCCCUGUCUAGGGAGCAAGGUUUUCCCCUUAAAUUUGCCCAAACCAGUUAGGAGACCCCCACGUCCUGUCCUGUCUUUCCGUCACUGUUCCCGUCCAGUUUUUUUUAAUAAGUUUUAGUUCUUUUAAAGUACCUGCAGGACUUGCGAUUUGUGCAACAGAGUGUGUUUGUGUGUUUUUCACUUAAAUCUUUCAUGCACAUCCAAAAAAAAAGAAAAAAGUUCAUUGUUUCUUUGUCCGACCUUCCCCGGUUUUUGUGUGUGUCAAGAAUGUCCUGCUGUACCUCUGUUCUGACAAACGUUGAGUUUUUAGCGAGAUAUCGGUUUUAAUAUUUAACUUAAAAUUCUUCCGUCGCUGUACAGAUGUUUUAGUUUGCUCGACAUGUCUCGAAAGACUUGUAUAGAACUUUUGUUACGAGAAUUCUUUCUGUUUUAAGAAAGGCCUCUUGGGGGGGGGGGGAAGAACGUUUUAGCAGGUGUCCGUUUCUGGCUUGUCUCUUUCCCACAAAUGUGUAUAAAGAAACACACAUACUUUUGUUAGUGUAAAAAGAAUGUAAAAUAUGUAAAAAUGUAAAAAAAAAUGUCAUAAGAGAAAAAGACAAAAAAACAUUGUAAAUGAUGUCCAUUUUCAUCCUUCACCCACGCGCACGUCAAAUGGGGCCCACAUACAAGUCUGUGUGCUUAGAAGGAACCAAGCGUGCGGGUGUAAUGUUUUUAGAGAUUUUUUUUUUUACUCCCUCGGUGAAACUGUGUAGCCAGUGGUAGAGAGAGAGAGAGAGAGAGAAAAUGUGAAAGUGACAUGAUGGGUCACAUUCUCAGUGGCAUUAAAAAAAAAAGUUUGCAUUUUA